CUGAACCCUACGAACCUUGUAUUUAUAUAUAUACGUAUCUCUAUAAUGAUGUAAGGUGUAUGUCACACGGUGAAGUGUUUACGCGUGCUAUAACGUGCUAACACGCGGAAUAGAAGGCGAGAAAGCGGUCCACUUUCAGUGUUUUCCUAAGCAGGACGAUUUAUGAGUAGCAAUGGUACGAAAUGUAUUUCGAAGCAGUCCAAAGAUCCUUUGGAUCGGCAGUGCCUGUAUCGGUACUUACAUCGCGUAUCGAUAUUGGAAAAAGCGAGAGCUUCUGACAAUAGACGAGGGUUUUGAAGAAGUAUCCAAGGUUGAUGACAGCCAUGAAAAAAGAGUGCUUCUAUUGGGUUUAGAAGGAGCUGGAAAAACUUCAAUUAUAAAUCAGAUAUGUGUUGCAAAUGGAGAUGAAAAUUCUUACACUGUUCCCCCAAAGUCAACACAGGGUUCCUCUGUAUAUAGAAUAAAACAUGGGUCAUAUUCAUAUAAUGUCUGGGAUAUUGGGGGUGCAGAUGCCAGUAGAAAAUAUUGGAGUGCUUUUCUACAAGACACAGACCUUUUGUUGUUUGUAGUAGAUGCAUCAGAUACAGACAAAUUAUCUUUGGCUGCUUCUGUUCUUAAAGAGUUGGUAGGAGAUGCAAGAAUGGAUAAUGUACCAAUUUUAGUAAUUGCCAAUAAACAGGAUUGCCCUAAUGCUCUGAGGCCAGAAGAAGUUAAGAAAGCUUUAGAUUUAUUAAGUAUCUCUCCUCAUAAGCACAAAGUAGAACUAAUUGGAUGUCAAACAAGACCUCUGCCAGAGGAGCCAGCAGAAACAACUGAAUGUACCUGGCACCAUGCAUCUGUUGAUGCAGUUAGGAAAAAAAUAUUCUCUAUGGCAACUUAAAGAUAAUUUCUUUAUUGUUUAUUUAAUUUGUUGAAAAAUGCUUUAUAUGUAAAAAAACGAAAGAAAUAGAUGGGUAAGAGAAUGGAGUAUGAGAAACAGUAUGUCUAAUGUGGCACACUGUUCUCAAUUUUUCGAUAAAUUGAAAUGAUUAUAAACAAUUUGUCCAAUAUGAACUUUUUAAGAAAAUAAU